GUCCCUCCCUGUGUUUCUUUCUCUGCAUGUUCCAGUGUGUCCUUGUUCUGAGCAGGGCAGCUCCGUGAGCUCCGUGAGUGGUGCCAGCACAGCGGCCAUGAGUGGUGGUGUAUGCAGAGGAUGAAGAGCACCAUGGAGGAAGGAACCUUGUCCCUGGAAGACACCCCCAGAAGGGCUCAAGACUCUCAAAUCACCACUAAGUGGUCACAUCUCCACCUUCAAAAAUCCCGGGAAGCUCCGGUGAGGCAUCAGACUCUGUAACCAGUUGCGAGCAAAGGAGCCUCCCCGGCGGGCACUGGCGUGGGAGGGAUGAAGGCAGAAAGUUUCCUGGGGUUGCUGGUGAUCCUCAGCCUGUUCCUGGCAUCUGUAUUCUCUUCCUACGAUGUGCCUCUGGAGCUGUCGGACACGUCCCUGCUGAGCAGCGUGGCCGAGGCCCGGCAAAUGGUGGAUGCCGCCUACAAGCGCACACGGGACCGCAUAAAGGAGAACCUGCAGAACAAUGCCUUGACCCCAGCAGAGCUCCUGAGAUAUUUCAAGCAGCCAGUGGAGGGUACACGAGUGGCCAUCCGGGCAGCGGAUUAUCUGCACACCACCCUGAGCCUGCUCAAAGAGAGGCUGCAAUGGGCUGUGAGGGGGGACUUCAACGUCACAGACUUGCUGACUCCAGCUCAGAUGGGGGUGAUUUUCAAGGCCACUGGAUGUGAACAGCAGGAUAAGAAAAUAAAUUGUACCUCUUCUGCCUACAGGACCAUCACUGGCAAGUGCAACAACAGGAGGAACCCAUCCCUAGGAGCCUCCAACAGAGCCCUGGCCCGGUGGCUGCCAGCAGAAUAUGAGGAUGGCGUGUCCGUGCCCCGUGGGUGGACGGAAGGAAGGCGUUUCUCUGGAUUCCCCCUUCCACUGGUCAGGCAAGUGUCCAAUGAGAUUGUCCGCUUCCCCCCGGGGCAGCUGCGGAUGGACCAAAGAUCCCUCAUGUUCAUGCAGUGGGGCCAGUUCAUUGACCACGAUCUAGAUUUCAGCCCGGAAACCCCAGCCAGAGUCCCCUUCAGUGGCGAGAUAGACUGUGACACCAGCUGUGCCAAGGAGCCUCCGUGCUUUCCCAUCCAGAUCCCACCCAACAACCCCCGAAUCACCAACACGAGGGAUUGCCUCCCUUUCUUCCACUCGGCUGCCGCCUGUCCUCGGGGCAGGGUGGUCCGGGAGCAGAUCAACGCACUGACCUCGUUCCUGGAUGGCAGCGUCGUGUACAAGGAGGCCGUGGCCGAGCGGCUGCAGGACCGGAGCAGCCAGGGUGGCCUCCUGGCUGUGAACCACAACUUCACGGACAGGGGCAGGGCAUACCUGCCUUUCGGUCCCAUGAGGAAGGAGCCCUGCCUCAAGGCCAGCAGGGCAGCUCGAAUCCCUUGUUGUCUUGCAGGUGACACCCAUGGGAGUGAGAUGCUGGAGCUGGCCUGCAUGCACAUGCUCUUUGUGCGGGAGUACAACCACCUGGCUGGAAAGCUGAGGAGCCUCAAUCCGCAUUGGAAUGAUGAGAGGCUCUACCCGGAGGCACGAAAGAUCCUGGGAGCCAUGAUACAGAUCAUAACCUACAGGGACUACCUGCCUCUCCUAUUGGGAUGCAGGUUCCGCAGGCUUAUUCCUUGCUACCGGCGCUACAGUGAGUCUGUGGAUUCUCGGAUAUCUAAUGUCUUCACCUUGGCUUUUCGCUUUGUUCAUGCCUCAGUCCCUCCAACUGUUGGCCGCUUAGAUGAAUAUUACAGACCGAUAACUCCUGAAAUUCAACUCAGAACUUCCUUCUUUGCCAUCUGGAGGAUCAUUCAAGAAGGUGGGAUUGAUCCCUAUCUCCGGAGCCUCAUGGCCAACCAGGCCAAGCUGAUGACGCAGCAGCAGAUGGUGGUGGGCGAGCUCCAGGACCGGCUCUUUGAGCAGGUGGAAAGGGUUGGGUUUGAUUUAGCUGCGCUCAACAUGCAGCGCAGCUGAGAUCAUGGCCUUCCAGGUUACAACUCCUGGAGAAAAUUCCGUGGGCUUUCACAGCCCUCUGGAGUGAAGUCACUUGGUCAAGUGUUGAGGAAUCAGAACCUGGCAAGGAAGUUCCUGCAGCUCUGUGGGACACGAAAGAAUAUUGACAUCUGGAUUGGGGACCUUGCAGAGCCCUUUGUGAAAGGAGGCCAAGUUGGGCCUCUCAUGGCUUGUCUCACUGGCACCCAGUUCAGGAACAUUUGUGAUGGGGACAGGUUUUGGUGGCAGAACCCUGGGGUUUUCACUCCUCGCCAGCGCUGUUCACUGGCCAAAAUCUCCUUGUCACGAAUAAUAUGUGACAAUACCCACAUCACUAAAGUAUCAAGGAAUAUCUUCCGGGCUAACAGAUACCCCUAUGGCUUUGUGAGCUGCAGUCAGAUCCCAAACCUGGACCUCAGACCCUGGAAGUCAAAGAGCACUAAGGAGCAAGUCCUCUACCAGGUGAAACCUGCAUUCAGAUUCUUCUGCAAGAUGACUUUCUAUAAGUUGUGGCUCUUCACCAUAAGCAUUGGGGUUGCCAUCCUCAGUAUUCCUCGUGGACGUAACGUGGACAACAUGAUGUAUUUGCGCACGUUGACCCGGCCACUCAAAUACAUCUUUGGCAUUCAGAUAGUGGUGAAGGGCAAGGAGAACCUCAGGACUAAGAAACCUUUUGUCCUGGUGUUGAAUCACCAGACGUCCCUUGACAUCAUGGUGAUGAUGGAGAUAUUGCCGAGGCGCUGUGUGCCCAUUGCAAAGAAGGAGAUCCUCUACAUGGGGACGUUCGGCCUGGCCUGCUGGCUCGCAGGGGUCAUCUUCAUCGACCGCAAGAGGAGCGAAAAGUCCAUUGCCACCCUGACAGAGGUGGCACACUCCCUGCACAAGGACAACUUGCGUGUCUUGAUCUUCCCUGAAGGAACUCGAAACCAUGGUGGCUCCUUGUUGCCAUUCAAACGUGGGGCCUUCCAGCUGGCUGUGAAAGCCCAGGUCCCCAUUAUUCCUGUAGUGUUGUCUUCCUACAACAGUUUCUACAACCAGAAGGAGAAGAAGUUUACACCAGGAAAUAUGAUCAUCCAGAUCCUGCCAGAAGUGGAGACGCUGGGCCUGGGCCCAGAUGAUGUUCCCAAGCUGACGGAGCAGGUCCGUGACUCCAUGCUCUCCUCCUACCAGGGGAUAUCGGGAAUGACAAACGGCGCUUCCCGUUAGUGAUCGCGUCUUCCAGCUCCAGCUGGGUGUGCCACAGCUGAGGGGAGGCCAUGGCAACCACAGAAAGGUCUGGCAGCAGAGACAACUGUGGAUUGCAACACUGACAUACCAGAGACAGGCAAAACAUCCACCAAGGAGGGAAGCUUCCCAGGGGAAUAUUGCUGUGCACUCCCAGAGAACUGUGCCACCCAGGGGGACAGACACACGAUGGACUGCUGGAUAUUUCUGUGCAAUCAUAUUGCUGAGAAUGUCCCAUCAACCGGACCCAGGCAGAGCUGGGCCCUUCCUGUGAUCAUCGCUGCCUGCUUAUAACCACCUUUCCCUGUUCAGAACCAACAAGGUAGAGGCAUUGAUCCCAAGCCUCUGACUGUGCUGCCUGGGAAGUGGCUGCCUUGAGGGUUGAGGUUGCCACAUUCCCCUGGAACACACUCAGGAGAAGGUGCUGUUUUCUUUCUCUUCCGUGGGGAGGAUUUGGGAGGUACCUCUGCCAUGACAGACAGAAACCAAGGCAGCUUUGGGAGAAGGGAAUUAAAGACCUUACAUGUGUCUACAGGG